UCUUACAGUUCGUCCCGUGUUUGUCUUUGUCAGAACAGAACAGCCAGGUAACGAUUCCUCAAUGAGGCUGCUGUAGUCCACCGCAGCUGCUCGUCUUCAAGAAUGGAGUCCUGCUUUCUGAGCUUUGCGCUUCUCCUCGCUUUUAGUCUUGCCAGUGGAGAGAGGACACUCAAAUUUGUCACUGUGCUGUAUCGUCAUGGUGACAGAUCUCCAGUCAAGGCCUAUCCAACUGAUCCUUACCAGGAGAGCGACUGGCCCCAGGGUUUUGGUCAGCUGUCUCAGGAGGGUAUGAGGCAGCACUUUGAACUGGGUGAUUUUUUAAGGAAACGCUACACAGGAUUCCUGAGUGAGAAAUAUGAGCGACAUGAGAUAUUUAUACGGAGUACAGAUGUUGACCGGACUCUGAUGAGUGCAGAGGCUAACCUGGCUGGCCUGUUCCCACCUAAUGGUUCAGAGGUGUUUGAGAAAGAUCUGAAGUGGCAGCCAAUACCUGUUCACACUGUCCCUGAGGAUAAAGAGAUGCUGCUCUCAUUUCCGCUGGAAGACUGUCCACGUUACAAACAGCUUAUGAACGAGACUGAAAAAUCAGACAUCUUUCUAAACAUGACUGACACAUACAAGGAUUUUAUAGAGAUGGUGCGAAAUAAAACAGGACUGAUUAAGGCCACCAUUGAAACUAUUUGGAGUGUCCAUGACACAUUGUUCUGUGAGGCAAAACAUGGGAUGCAGCCACCUCCCUGGGUGACUCCAGAUGUGAUGGAGAAGCUGGGGGUGUUAAAGAACUUUGGUUUCCAGAUUAUGUUUGGAGUCUAUAAGAGAAAGGAGAAGUGCAGACUUCAGGGAGGCCUGCUGUUAGAACAGAUCAUUAAGAAUCUCUCAGCUGCAGCUGCUCCAGACUCUAAACAGGAAUUGAAGAUGAUUGUGUACUCCGCUCAUGACACAACCAUUUUAGCUCUGCAGGAAGCUAUGAAUGUCUUUAAUGGUCUGCAACCACCAUAUGCUUCCUGUCAUCUAAUUGAACUUUACCAGGAGGAAAAUGGAUCAUUUUCAGUGGAGAUGUAUUAUCGCAAUGACAGCUCUGUGCCUGAGCCGUAUUCUGUAUCUUUACCUGGUUGUUCUCAGCGCUGCCCCCUUGAGGACUUCUUAAACCUCACACAUGAAGUCAUACCACAAGAUUGGAAACGAGAGUGCCAGAUCAGCAAAGACAACAGGGACACUGAAGUCAUCAUUGGACUGGCUGUGUGUGGCUGCCUAAUCUUCCUUCUGAUAUUACUGCUGUUUGUGGUGUUAUGUCGUCAGAAAGAGCAGAUGGCUGGCUAUAGGAAUGUCAUAAAUGAGAGUGACUCCUGACAAUCACACAGGCUCCUCCGCAAAGAAGAUUCCUGGGACAGUGAAGAGGACCUGUGAGGACACAACCUCAACUUAUCAGAAGAUCUAAGACAACACAGACUGUCUCCACAACCUUUGGCCAAACUUUUAUUUAUAAUGGGGGAGUCUUGGCAGUGUUUUAUUAUUUGUUUUGUACCUGUAAGUGUUUAGAGAGGAAAAAGGGAAUCAGAAGUUAUGAUUGUUUCAAUAGCAUUAACAGCGUUGAUUAGCUAUAAUGCUUAGUGCAAAGAUGCUGUGUCUGUGCAACAGUGACUUUUGGUUUUGAAUCAUUGUGUUGUCUUACAAAUGUCCAAAGGUGGAGCUAGAAAUUUUACUGUUAAUCUCAGAAUAAACCCGAGAAGUGGACUAGAUUGAAGCUGUCUGUCUGUGCUCUCUCAAAUGCAAGGACUAUUGGUGUACCUGGUUUGUGAGCCUGGCCCAUUAGUUUUAGUAUCCUUAUUAGAGCAUUGUACUUGAUACAUUUGCCUAGUCAUUCUGAUGGUGCAAUGAAAUGUCUUAGAUAUUAGAUGUAAAUUAAGGCCUUAUCACUCAAACUCUGUCUUUAAUUGAAUGAACCACGCUCAUGCUUUUAAUGUAAUAGUCUCAUUUUUAAUUAACACACUUAUUUAGUCACAGAAUAGUUGAGUACAGCAUGCUGAUUUGAAGUCUUCUCAGAUGAGGUGAUCAUUAAUAAUAAGCCAUUUAAACACAAUUAUUGGUAAUUAAUUAAAUCUUUUGCUGUGUUCAUGUUUUUCCUUUACCAUCACAAACAUGCAGACCUUUGAAAUGUAUGAAUGAUGUGGUCAAUAAUUCCAUUCCAGUUGCUUAAUAUUGCCCUGUAAUUAAUUAUUUACAUCAUCAAUCAGAUUUUAUGUUUAGUUAAAUAUUGUCCAACAUAUCAUGAGUUCUCAAUUCUGGGGGUAAAUAUCACCACUUAAUAAAAGUUCAUUUCCGGCUCUGCUCGAAACCUUCUGAACUGGAUUAAUGUAAAUUAAGCAAAUGCUGUAGUGACACAUUGAAGAUAUUGUGACAAAAAAAUAAAGCA